UAAAUUAAAUAUAAAUCUAGAAGUGCUGAUGAUUGGCUGAAACUCCUGCCAGUGAUCAAAUAACUUGCAGAGGCCAGGUGUUAAAGGAAUAAAGCAUCGACCUGAUUUACAGUAGAAACGUUAUCUAAUGAUGUAAGCAGCCAACCUUUCUCUCUGGAGUCACUCUUCAGCCCUGGUGCUGCCUCUCCUAGCAACAGAGACCUGUUUACCUACAAACCACGAGACGGAAAGGUGAGCAACGAGCAUUGCAGGUACGUCUGGGGAAUUAAGUGAAUCUGCUCUUUUUUUCCGGGGGUAAUUUAAAUCUGGUGUAAAUAGAUCUGAUAUCUGUAGCUGUGCUGCAGUGCUGCUGACCUUCUCUCCUCACUCACAAACAGCAUUUGAUAAAGGGAGCACUCAUUGCAUUAUUCCUACAGGCUCUGUAAUCACUUUUUCAGAGAGCUCUGUUGGAUUCUGUCAAACCUAAAAACAAAGGAGUUACACAUUGUUUGCUGCUUUUGUUGAUGGUUACAGCACUGUGCACAUGCCCAGAGGAUUUUUACCAUCCAUCACCGGCGUCAGUGAGAGUUUUCCAUUAUAGCAGUCACGGGUGCCUGAGCAGAGGAGGAUAGUUAUGACGACUGUUGGAGCAACAGGUAGCAGGGGACGACUGACCAGCAACGCAGUCAAACUCUACAACACGUCUUACGACCCGGGCAGGGUGACUUUCACCUCUCAUCUCGGACAUCCCAGUGUGACGGGCUACACAUCAAACCAGAGACCAGCCGUAUAUUACAGGCCCAGUUUGGACCACAUUGACAACCCUGCUUUUGGACUCCUGUUAUCUGACAGUUUCAUGUCUCAAACUAAACAACACUACCAACCUCACAUCCUGUCUGACUAUACGGGGUCUUUGCCAAACCUCAUUAACAAGUCCAGAGACAGCGGCUUCCAUCAGCUGAGGAGUCUUCCGAAAACAGCGACUAUCACAGCUCCAGUUUUCCAGAACCAUGUGACUGUGGGUCCACCAGGAGAAAGUGGCUUCACUGAAGGAACAGACCUUCAACUUAACACAUUUGUGGAGAAGAAAAGCUGCAUGGUUGAACCUCUCCAGACUCACAGCUCAGUGAUGAAAAGGGACUUUGUGUCACCGUCAUUUCUGCAGGGCACUGAGGCGAGACCGAGCGUGUGCAGUAGCCAUUUGUCUCGAGAAACAGGAUUCACUCGAGGUGCCAUCGCUCCCUUGGCCUGCCCAACCUCCCUGCUGCCGUCACCAUGGACUAAAAGUAAUGCACCAACUACAAAGUCCAUUGGAAUAAAGGAGCCCACAGGAUUUCUUCUCAAUGCUUCAAGCAACCAGAUUUUUCCGAACACACCGUUUGAUUGUUCACACUUCAACACACAUUAUAAAAGGACGUUUUGUUAUGAUGCCGAUUACGAAAAGUCAAAAUCUGGCCACACUUGUGCAGGAAUUAUCAGUGGAAAAAGGGACAACAGCUACAAUCGUCGAGACAUGGACAGGUUCAUCUUUAGGGGCUAAACCUUCUCACACCUGAGAAGGUACCUGCAUGACUACAAAUAAAAUGUGGAGUUUGUUGUUAAAACUGUAC